AUGGAGCUAAUUCAUUGUUUCGAGCCAAAGUGCAAGCGCGAAGUUGAAUAUACGUGCUAUUGCACUUCUCCUGGAACUCUAUCCUGUGAAAAGCAUAUUGGGAAACAUUUGAGGAUUCCUAACAAGACCCACUCCUAUGACAGUAAAUUUGUAGAGCCUUGUGAAGAGACAAAAGAAGCAAUACUUGAGCUUCUUAUGGAAGAAGUGUCGAAAAAUAGCAUAUUGAAGGAUAAAAUCUUAGGAUCCUUUGGUCAAUGCUUGCUUAAAUCAGAGCAUGAUAUCAGAGAGCUUGUAAAAUCUUUGGACUUAAAUUCAUUUAGAAUAAGCUAUUAUUUUGCAAAAAUUCCUCAAACUCAAAAGAUAUCAAAAUCAGAGCAAGACCCAAUUUUAGGGUUAUUGAGUUUACAGCCUGGUGAAGCUGUUGAAAAAUUAAAAGCAAUGAUCCCAUCCAAUCAGACUGGCAUGGCAGUGAAAAGCUAUUUUGCGAAUUCAGCGAAGAAGUAG